AUGGGCGAAAAUUUCUUCAAAUAUCUUCCAUCAGAAAUCGUAUUAGAUAUCCUCUCAAGAGUCCCGACUCGAGAAGCUAUGGCGUGCAAGUGUGUUUGUAAGCCUUGGCUCGGUCUGCUCGCUUCUCCGGAAUUUGUGAAUUCACACAUGUCGAGAUCAGUCCCGGGGAUUGCAGUUGAAACACGCGCACAGUCAUACAAAAUGGUUGAAUUUGUGGAUGAGGAGCAUCGUUGGGACGUGACCUUCAACUUCAAGCUCCCUUUUGAUGAAAUACAUAGUUCAACUAAUGGUUUGAUCUUUCUAAAAGACUUUGCUCGUGGUGAUCUAAUCCUGUGCAAUCCGAUCACACGUGACUAUAUCAAGCUCCCUUCUCCGCGACGAACCUCCCUAAAAGUUGAGAUUGACAUGGAGAAUUUUGGAUUCUGGGUGAGCAGAAUGACCGGCCAAUAUAAGGUGGUUAGGAUUUUCGGUGAAAAACCAGCAGAGGAGUACGAAUAUGAGUGCCAAGUAUACACUGUUGGAACUGGAUCGUGGAGAAAAGUUCCCUUUAGUGACUCCCUCAGGUUAUGUGACGAUGUUGGAGGGGUGCUUGUGAAUGGGAAUCUUCAUUGGACCGUCAAGGAAACAAGAAGAGGCUCUGGUGUAUGGAUUUGUUGCUUUGAUAUUGAAGCAGAGCUUUUUCGCACCUUCCCAACACCUCCUCUUCCUAGUAGUUCAGGUUUUUACUCGAGUAGGUCACUCUGUGUUUUGUGGGAUUGCCUUUGUGUAAGCGAUAUUUCAACCACCAAUGGGCGCAUUAUAAUCUGGUUGAUGGAAGAUGAGCAGAGUUGGACAAAGAUAUUUGUCAUCCCUGAUGUUGAUAGGCUUCCUGAGAGAGAGGAACGGCUUUUUGGAUUAGUUGAUGUUUGGCCGAUUAUAAUUUUCGAAAAUGGCGACGUCUUGAUGCAAUGGGAGAAUGGCACGCUAUUCUGCUAUUCCAAUAAGACGAAAACUUUUGACUACGGCAUUGUGUCUCGAGAGGAUCGUCUAAUUUUCCCCUCUACAAUCGUGUAUGCCCCGAGCUUUGUCUCUCUCAAGAGUUUUGCGAUGGAGAAUGUAAGCUCGUUCUGA